AGAGCCACCGGAGGAGCAACUCACCUGAGAGAAGGAGCCCCGGCUCGCCUGUGUGCAGAGUGGACAGGUCAAAACCUCAGCAAGUUCGAUCCUCUAAUACAAUAAGGCGAACCUCUUCCUUGGAUACGAUAACGGGACCUUAUCUCACAGGACAGUGGCCACGGGAUCCUCAUCUUCAUUACCCUUCAUGCAUGAAAGAUAAAGCUACUCAGACACCUAGCUGUUGGGCAGAAGAGGGAGCCGAAAAGAGGUCACAUCAGCGUUCUGCAUCAUGGGGGAGUGCCGAUCAACUAAAAGAGGGCCUACUACAACUGGGUGACUUCAUGGGUGAAGGGAUCCUGGAGGCUCCUUUUCUGUUUCUUGCUCACCUCCUUCCUAACUCCAUAGCUACUGUUUCUGACCCCUCUGGAGUUGGAGCGUGGGGGAGAGAGGGAAAGAUUGCCAAACUGAGGCAGCAGCUACAACGUAGUAAACAGAGUAGUCGGCACAGUAAGGAGAAAGAUCGGCAGUCACCUCUCCAUGGCAACCAUAUAGCAAUCAGUCAUACUCAGGCUGCAGGAUCAAGAUCCGUCCCUAUGCCUCUGUCAAAUAUAUCAGUGCCAAAAUCGUCUGUUUCACGUGUGCCCUGCAAUGUAGAAGGAAUAAGUCCUGAGUUAGAAAAGGUAUUCAUUAAAGAAAAUAAUGGGAAGGAGGAAGUGUCCAAGCCAUUGGAUAUACCGGACGGUCGGAGAGCCCCACUGCCGGCUCACUACCGGAGCAGCAGCACUCGCAGCAUCGACACUCAGACCCCCUCUGUCCAAGAGCGCAGCAGCAGCUGCAGCAGUCAUUCCCCCUGCGUCUCUCCCUUCUGCCCCCCGGAAUCCCAGGAUGGCAGCCCUUGCUCCACAGAAGAUCUACUCUAUGAUCGUGAUAAAGACAGUGGGAGUAGCUCACCGUUACCCAAGUAUGCUUCAUCUCCCAAACCAAACAACAGCUACAUGUUCAAACGGGAGCCCCCAGAGGGAUGUGAGCGAGUGAAGGUCUUUGAGGAAAUGGCGUCUCGUCAGCCUGUCUCAGCCCCUCUCUUUUCAUGUCCUGACAAAAACAAGGUUAAUUUCAUCCCAACCGGAUCAGCUUUCUGUCCUGUGAAACUUCUAGGCCCUCUCUUACCCGCCUCCGACCUGAUGCUCAAAAACUCUCCUAACUCUGGCCCGAGCUCAGCCCUGGCAACGCUGGCCGUUGAGCAGCUCUCCUCGCGGGUCUCCUUUACAUCCCUUUCUGAUGACACCAGCAUGGCGGGCUCCCCCGAGGCCUCUGUCCAACAGCCAUCCCAGCAGCAGCAGCUCCUGCAGGAACUGCAGGGCGAGGAGCACGUCUCCGCUCAGAACUACGUGAUCAUCUAAAGCGAAGGAGGAGCCGGCCUCUACCCUUCGUCCCAUGGAUUAGGAACUAGAUCUCAGACAUCUAUCUGCAUGGAGUGACAAACUUUCCAAACACCACCACCGACAACAAAAUACUUAUCAGCAUCAUAAAGUAUCUCUUAACACUGGUCUUGGCAGGGACGGAACGCCUAUUCAGCAGUUUUCGUGGAAAGCAGUAAUGCUUGCAAAACGUGUGUGUCAUUCAGCAUUUUAAGUGGAGACUAUGCAUUUCAUAGUAUGUUUGACAGAUUAGUACUGUGUCCUGUGUUUUGUUCCAAAUUCUUCAGUAUAAAUAAGCUCUGUAUCAAAAAGGUUGCCUGUCUAAAUAGAAAAUGUCUUGCUGUGUUUUGUCCUAUGGAAAAUACUGUACUUCAGGAUUAUGUUUACAAUUGAUCCAGGUGUUUGUUUCUAACUUCUGUAAUACAUACAAUGCAAAAAAUAAAAUAAAAUAAAUGGCCACAACAGUUGCACAGUGCCCACCCUAUGGCCUAGCUUCAGGUACUUCAGUUGAAGUCUAAACUCAGGUAACUUGGAAUGUAUAUCAUAUUGGGAUAUUAAAUAUUUCACAGCUAAAAAGCUAAAGAGAGAACAUCACUCUUUUGCCUUUCCUUAUUUUACGCAUUUCCCUUUCCUCAUUACAUUCCACAUUCUUAGUAUGAGAAGUGCAUUCAACCCUAGGAGAAUGAUAAUCCUGGACAUGGGUGAACAUGAGAAGAACCAGCAAAUCUGUGGUGUCUGACAUCACUUUUGUCAUGUGGUUACGAGUAAAACAACUGUUGCAUUCACUGUUUCAACAUGUAUAAACAUGGCUUUUUUAUUUUUUUUUUACAAGUUCAGGUGUUGCUCAGUUAAUGACUGUUCAGUGUCACGAAGUGUCCAGUACUAGGCUGUGCAUAAACAUUCCACAUUGUGUGUGUUGGAAUUUAAAGACAAGAAUGUCUAGGUUUAAAUUCAGAAUUAGUGAAGUUUCACAGGGAAUGGCUGAGAUUUUUUUGUUUAUAUUGGCUAUCAAGGUCAUGAAAUAUGCUACUGUUUUAUCUAAAGGCAUAUUAACAUUUAGUUUCUUUUGGAAAUUUUUUAAUUUGCAAGUUUAAAAUGACACACUUUGGGUUAUUUCCUCAAGCAAUCUAGGUACAUGAGUUGCAUUCAUGUAGAGAGAGAAUAUAUGAGUCUCAGAAUAAAUGCAACACAAGUAAGCAGGUUAUUUGGUGACUUACAAAAGCCGUAGUUUGAAGCUGUCUCAUUUAAGCCUCUUAUAAUAAUAUCAUGAAUAGUUCUGUUAAUAUUUUGGAUGUACAAAGUAGAGCGUAAACCCAAGUAAAUAGCCUUGAACUUGCAGACUUGACCAAACUUUUCAGCAAAGUAUGAGGAGAGCCCUAGGUGCUCCUGAUGGGUCAGUGGAAGAGCCGACUUUCAGACAUUGUUUCCUGCAGCACAAAGAGAGUAUCUAAAAGCGAAAGGAAGCUUUUGUAUUUUUAUUCCAUUGCUUUCAGUUCCGUAAAACAUAAAGAAGUUCUUCAUCUGCACUUAAAGUAUAUGGCACAAUUUUCUUAAGAAUUAAGGGAGCAAGGCGCCCACAGCUACAGGAAGGCUUCAGCUCCUUUCAGUCUUUCUUGGGUUUUCUUUAUUUUCUAAGGAGGUCAAAGAAGAAAGGUGAUAAUGAUGAACGCAACGCCAUUGAUUUUUUUUUUUUUUAAGAAAUAGCAUAUAUAUUAUUUGUGUGUGUGUGUGUGUGUGUGCGCGCGCGUGUGUGUGUAUUCUGUGUAUUGUCAUCCCAAUUAUCUUCUUUCCACCAAAGUUUGCAGUAAUAUUCUCUCCUGAAGGUGCAUUCUGGCUCCUUUAAAUUAGUCAGUGUUAUAUUGUAGGAGACUGUCAUGGAAAAAGACUCAGUUUACUUUUGCCAUUUUCACAGGGGAAACUUUUCAAACAAUCUCUUCAGCAGCAGACACCUUUAACCCUAAUAAUCUCAGGCCUUGAUGAAAAUAUUAUAUUUUGUAGAUUAUGGUUAAAGGGAGAUUAUUCUGUAUGAUAAAUAUGAGCUCCAUUAACUUCUGAUAUCUGGUUUAGCAUUAUAUAAUGUGUUGAUCUUAUGCUCUGCUUUUGUCCAAAUAAUAUGCAAUAGUAUCAAUAUCAAUUUCUGGAAGAUGGACUGAAUAUGCUUUUUUGGUGAUGAAAUCUGAUGUACGAUAUUUAUAGUGACAUGUGCUUUUAUUUUCUCAUGAGAAACUGAAUUAAUUGUGUUGUACAUUUGUUCUUAGCAUAUAUUAAAGUUUUGAACCAAAUGUGUUAAAGCUUAUGCUUUGCCAUGUAAAUUUCCCAGAAGUUGUUGAGCUCAAAUGUAUCCUACAUCCAGCUGUAGAAAUUUGUCAGAAAUCGUUUAAAUUUUGUAUAUAGAUGUACUGUUUAAUUCUAGCCACUGCGCUGAACAGUAUUCAAGUCACCAUACAAUAUGGCUUUACACAAGGAAAUGUGUGGCUUUUGUUUUGUAUUUUUUUCAGUAUAGAAGUUCCUGUGUCUUAUUUAAAUAAAGUUAUUAGUAAAACUGGAA